GCAGCUACACUGCAGAGCAGCCGCUGCUAUGCCACCGUGAAGCGAAGCGCGCUGCUUCUUGUCUCCCCGUGUGUUCGAGACCUGGUGAAGUCGAGACCGGCAGCGGACGUGGACCGGCUUCUUUUUUUCUUCUCCGGUCCCUUUUGUACAGCAGCAGGCAGUAAACAGUGCAUGCACCGCGGUGCAGUCAGAUAUAGGGACGCGUGUCUCCUCCCCGUUGACAAGAUCUGGAUUAACACUAAUGAACUGGGGGGUAAAUAAUCUCCACGGGACCGUUGACACUGACUCGUUGUCCGCUGUGGGAUCUUUUCUUUUUUCUUUCCCCCUCUCGGUCUGAAGACGAUGUCUGUCCCGGGAUACUUUAUCGCUCUUUCCAAAUGCACACUUCUUCUCUCUCUGAGGAUGUUGCUUCUUGUGCCUGCAGGGUUGCCGGUCGGCAGCCAAGGGGAUUCUCAAUCCGACAACAAAGUGAUGGACAACAUCACCGUCCGGCAGGGAGAGACGGUCUUUCUCAGGUGUGCACAGGGGGACGUGGUCACACACACAGCAUGGCUAAACCGCUCCAGUAUCCUGUAUGCCGGAGAAGAUAAAUGGUCGGUGGAUCCCAGAGUGAGUCUGGUGACCCUUAAUCAAGAGGAGUUUACCAUCAAGAUUGAAAACGUGGACAUGACAGAUGAGGGGCAGUAUGUGUGCGCAGUCCAGACGAGCAGUCGACCCAGAACCACCUCAGUGCACAUCCUCGUCCAAGUACCACCGAAAAUCAUCAACCUGUCAAGAGAUAUCGUGGUAAAUGAAGGCUCCAACGUCACCCUGAUGUGCCAGGCCAGCGGUAAACCCGAGCCUUCCGUCAGCUGGAAACUCAUCGACUCAUCAGGAGACCUGGCAUCAGAGGAUGAGUACCUGGAAAUCCCAUCUAUCUCAAGACAGAGAGCGGGGACGUAUGAAUGCACAGCCAUCAACGAUAUUGACACAGACGUCCAGACCGUAGACAUCACUGUCAACUAUGCUCCAGCUGUCUCGGAGGGCAGAGACGUCGGAGUGACUCUGGGCCAGAGAGGAGAGCUCGAGUGUGAGGCUGAUGCUGUGCCCGAGGCCGACUUUGAGUGGUACAAAGAUGACAGAAGGAUCCUCAAUGGCGUUGAUGGCAUGGAGAUUAUGAAUUCUGGAUCUCUGUCCAAGCUGACCUUUUUUAAUGUGACCGACGGAGAUUACGGGAACUACACUUGUGUCGCACUCAACAAACUUGGGACCUCAAACACAAGCUUCCUUAUGUAUGUCGUAAUUGAACCCACUAGCUCAACCCUAUUGCAAGGACCGAGAGCAGUUCAGGAUGGCAGCGACGGCGCGAUGGGAGUGCACUCACACGCCGGUCUCCUCUUCGUAGUGUUUCUGCCGUUCCUGCUCAGAAUUUGAAGAGUGGAUAUGAACAUAAGUAUUGUGUGUGUGCGAGUGCGACUGUGUGUGUGUUCUUUUCUUUUUUUCUUGUUCAACCGGAUCCAUAAACUGGUGCACAGUGAGUGCAUGAGAUAUUCUAAUGAUGUUGACCCACUAAAUAAGUACUUAACAAAAAGUUUCUGUUGUUUAUUUUUUCUUUUGGUUUUUAGAUUUCACGGAUGUAACAAAUGCUUCACAUUACAUUGAAAUGAGUUGUAAAUGUUCUCGCUAAAUUAUAAUAGUCUGGAUUAUCUCUUUUUUACUUCUAGUAUGUCUCAGAGAAAAAAAAGAUUUUUUUAAUUGUUGUGUUCUUUUAUUCAAAUGGAUGUGUCUUCAUUUUUUAAACGCAUUGCAUAUUCAUCUCAACUCCAGGAAAAGGCAAAUUCUCAGCAAGUUUGAGAGGUGAAUGUUAAAUAUCUCAAAGUCAAACCGAGACAUUGACGCAGGAGGAAUUUAGGUUACCCUGAGGCUGUCAUACUUUAAUGUGUAAGGAUUAUCAUUCCGUCUGGUUGUUGAAACAGAUUAGUUUUUGACCUUCAAGUAUUUUCGUUCUCAGCAUUAUAUAGUUAUACACUUUCAGUUAUCGUAUGCUAAUAUUUUAAUUAUAUUUUUUCAGUUAUGUUUAGUUUUAAAUAUUUUUGAGAAGGGAAAAUAUGAAGUUGUAAUUAUUUAGGACAAAUAUCCUCGUUUUAUGUCUGUUUUUCUUUCUUUACCAGUACCGUUGUACACAAAAAUGGUGUCAAGAAUUAGAAUUAUGUAGUUACAAAUGGAGGGAGAGUUUGCUCCACGAUGUUUGACUCAAGUAAUGCAAAUGUAUUAACGCUGUUGCUACUUGUUUGAUGCCAUUUCUACACAACACAGACAUUGAUCCUGUUCAUUGUGCAAACUAGCACUGGCGGGUCAGUUCCUGAUGUUAAUAGGAAAUAAACACCAUUUGCAUGUAUUUAGACACCAAUAACCCAAAGACUAGCAGCUCACACAGCACCAUGCGUCAUUGGAUUUCUCUUUUCUAAUCUCAGCACCAAACAAAACACAUUAUCUUUUCACAAAGAAGAGGAGGAACAAGUUUUACUAAUGGUUUAACAUGGGGCUAUUGGGAAAUCUAAAACGACACACACCGUUGAACCAAAAUGUACAGUUUGUGGUAUAUAACUGUGGAAUGCUGUUUCUGAACAUGACAUUCCCAGCUCUCCUGAAAAGAAUAGAGAUUGCAGGCUUGCUGUACAGUAUGCGAGCCGAUUGCAAUAACCGUCAGAAUAAAAUAAAAAGUAAUACUGCAACUGCUCUUAUCGCAUCGUAUGUGGCUGGCGUUGUCAGAGAGGAGAGGAUAUGUUCGACAAAGAAACCAUAUCUGUGUUGUAUCAUGGAGGAGGAACAGCAAGUAUCAGUGGCGUUUUGACAGGCAGCAAACAAACGAAGAACCUCCGUUACUAUAUUUAGUUGUGAGCGUGGGGGUUAUUAUGCAAAAAUCUGAAACUUCUUACAAUCAGUAAGAACUAAAAGCUAAAAGGUGAUUUGGCGGGUUGAAAAAAAAAGAGCUGAGUGACAAAAACACGAGAUAUUGGCGUAAAGGCGACUCGUUUUUUUUUUGGCAAAGUGGACGUUUUUUUUUAGACGCGUCAUGGCUCUCUUGCGAAACGCAUCGCCGUUUGUGCGCUGCACGUCACUGGACCGUAUGCAGCACGAGAAGGAUUGGCGGGAUUCCAUUCACACAACAUCAAACGGGAACAGUGAAUUACAUCAAAAUAGUGUGUGUCUGUUUAGUGGCGGGGAAUGAUGCGCUUCUUCUUAUCCCUUGGCUCCGAGUCAAUGUUUUCACAUGUGGUUAUUUUUUAAUGAACACGUAGAAGAACCAAUGAUCUCUGCUCUGCUCACGAUCACCUGUUCCUCCCCCUCCCUCAGCUCUGGGGGUUGUAGUCCUUCAUCCAUGUGCGCACACUUCAAUGUGUCUUUUUUUUUAACAUUUAGCCUCAUUUUGGCUCAUGGGGACAUCAAGGUUUGGGCUCCUCAAUGUGAAAAUAGAUCCAAAUCCAAAACGGCACGAAACAGAUAGGAGCAUUAUUGAAAUUGAUCAGGGUAAUCAUCAGCUGAAUCUGACGGGCUAAUCACGCUUUGUUUUCACACACAAGACAAAGAGAGGGAGACAGACGCCGCAGACUAUUAUUCAUCUCCGGCACAGUGAUGUUUGGAAAUGACAUGGUAAUUAUUCCUCCCGGCUGGAAGGAUGGCACCACUGAUCCCACGUCUGUAUUGCCACAAGAUUAACCACAUUUUAGGACAAACUCAAGUCAGAUCGCCUCCCAAGGAGGUCCGCAUUGGGUUUUCUUCAGAGGAGUUUGCAUAAAGUGGUUGCUGUCAAUAUGCACAAACAAUCACAGGCUGUUACCUUCAAUGGUUGGAAAUGGAGCCAAAUGUGCUCAACAAACACACACACACACACACCUCACUUCUUCUCUUUCUCUCUCUCUCACAUACACACAUGAAACAGAUUUGAAUGAAGAAAGACAGCGUCUUGUCUAUUUCUUUUGUAGGACAGCCAAGCACACGUUGUAAAAACUGGUCAUUGAUUUUGAUCUUUUUACUACCUCUGAACAGUUCCUCAGCAAGUCGUCCAAGUAUUUAACAAUGCAGCAAUCACCACCGUAAAGUAAUAUUUACAUGUGGUCACAGGUGUGCAUUUGCGUGGGCCGUCCUGUUCACACCACAGCGCUGUGCUGCAGGAGCGUCGCAGGUUUCUGAAAGGACAGCGCAGACAGCUGCAUUCCAUUGCUUUGUCCUUAAUAGCUGUCAUACUGUGUCUUGAUCUUACAUCAAAUACAGUCUUAUUUCUCGAGCCAAGCACAUUAUCGCUGAGGACAAACCUGCGUAGGCGCGUACCUUUAGAGCAGAUGUGUUUAAUUAAACCAGCGGGGCUGCUGUCAAAAUAUAUCUCAAGAUGAAAAUGAAGGUUUUCUUCUUCUUCACAAGUAACCAGUCGUAAGGAGGUUGCUGUUUAGCUGACGUCAUCUAAUGAGCCACCUAAUUAUAGCAAUGCCAUAUGGUUACUAUGGCGGCGAUUCACUGCUACACUGAGAAUCACAGACUACCAACACAAACUGCGCAUGUUAAUAUUGUGAUUUAAGAUGAUCACUCGUAGGAACCCCACCAGUUUUCAAUGUCAAACAAGCAUAUUGUUUAUGAGCUCUGAUAAGAUACGUGGUCACGGUGAAGCACUGAGCUGAAGAAGCCACAUCGAGCCUUGGAGCAGUCUGAUCUCUGAUCUGAGGAUGAGGCAUUCUGCCUUUUCUGAGGAGAUGAGAAACAGUCAGCACCUGUCAGAUCACGGCUGGAAAUCCCACUAGAGCCUAUUCCUAAAGUUUUGGCCUUGGCCACAUGCAGCUUACAGAAAAGUGCGAUCUUCAUUUCCUUGUUCUCAAAUCCCCGCUGUUCCAAAUGUGUAACAACAGAAGGCGUGUGGAGAAAACCUAUGCGGGCUGCUUCUUUAAAGGCUUCAUUUGGAUUGUUUUCUGACCUGAGGCCUUUUCCAUUACUUUGCACCAGUGUGCUAGUUGAAUUAUGGGCACUGGCAGCCUCAAGGUUAGAAGAGCCCGCUUGCUGAGCGGUUAAAGAAACACAAUUACAUUUCAGUUAGUGAGACAGUGGGAAGUUUUGUGUUGCGUAACACAGCUAUUUGCUGUGUUAUGGCUCAUAUAGUUGAGAAAACACUAAUAAGCUCCCAGUUGGCCUUAAUGUUGUCCUAUUAACUGGACUCAACCUCCAUUGUAUAAGUCUCACUCAGUGUGACGCUUGUAACACCCUGUUAAUGCAAAAAAACUCCUCCCCGUGUUGUAUGCUUCUCACAACUGCAUCAGAAAUGCAUCACGGUCAGGCAAACCGAACAUACCUGUUUCAGUGAGAAAUGAGCAACUGUCAUAAUUGGGAAUAAUUUACCAUCCCUCUCUUUGUAAGCAGACUGACAGCAGUUUCUGUCUGCAUGGCAUUAAAAGUCUGCUUCCCUAUUCGAGCAAACGCUUCAAACUCCCACCAAGCAUGACUUCAAAAAUUAUAAGUCCUGUAUAAGGCAAACUUAUAAUGAUAAAAUCAAGCAAAGUUUGCGGAUCUUGGACAUAUUUCUGAUCCAACCUCAAAGUUCAACUCGGAAACUGCACUAAGAAGGCCUGAAUCCACUUAACUUCUCCUGUUCUGAACUCCGGUCAGCCAAUACUGAAUCACAGCCCAUGAAGGCUUAUAUUUUGGCAGUAGCGCUGCAUACUAACGGUGAUAUGACCAAUUCCAUUGUCUGUUUGAAGACUGCAGGAUUGCAGGACUAAUUCCCUUUCUCCCACGCUCUAACCUGGCCCAUGUUUGCUUGGGCUCAGGUGGGGAGGGAGGAGUGGGUGGUGGGGGGUAUGGGUGUAUGGGUGUAGAUCUUUUCUUUAUAUCCACAUGUGCAAGGCAAGAGAGCAGUCUCUGGAGAACAUUUGAUACCAGUUAAGAAAAAUGACUUGUAUUGCACCUAUCAGAUAGUACUAUUCAUUUUAGGUGUUUUGUGACAUUUGUGUGGUUUGCGUUGGAGUCUAGAAGAGAUCACUUUUGGAUGUGAACUUUGGUUAGACAUGAAAAAUCCAACCUUUGCUUCUGCUGCCAGGGGGAUUGUCAUAACAGACGCAUGAAGUAGUCUCAUGAUCUGUUGGGGUUUAUUUUGAAUUAUUCACACAGAAGAUUCUGCCCUUUGCCUGGUUACAAGUUCACAGGGCUCUCUUCAGAUUGGAUUGUUUCCAAGUGGAGGGGGACCUCAUGCUAUUUGACUCCCUGCAUUGUAAAGGAUUGUUGGUUCAUAUGUAUUUUCUUGAUGAAAAGUGUGUGCUCAUAUUUAAGACUGACAAUAAUAAAAUGUUGUAUCUUAA